GAAAAUUGUACUGUGAGGACCUUGACAGCUUCACGGGCGGGCUUUUCCUUUUGCCUCCCUAUAUUUUCUGGAAUAUUUGUUCUUUUCUUUUACAAACUGACUCUGUAAAACCACCCCUUCUCGCCUCGCAGAAGGCAUCUGACUUUCUCAAAGAUACCUGGCAGGCUCUCAGAGCAUCCUCGGAGAGGCCAGGGACAGGGGCAGGUGCACCGAGAAGACUAGGGGGUGCACUUCUUCUUGACUUGGGGCUCUCUCUCUCUCUCUCUGCGCUCUCCAGACACUGAACUCUGAGCUGCAAGGACAGCUCCCGACUGAAGCUCUGUCACGGGUGCAUCCCAGGGAGGUGUAUCCUGCUGCCGCCGCCUCCCGACCUUCGGAGCGCGCAGACCUCCCGUCUUCGCGCCCCUCCAUCACCAGGGUCGUCCCUCCCUGCCGUAACCACGGGGCCCCCGCGCGUGGAUCGAGGAAUCUCUGCCCUCGGCGUCCGGCUCCUGCCUCUGCUCUCAGCCGGUGGGCUCCCCACGCGCGGCUCCUUCCGGACCUGACCGCAGCUGAGCCGCGCGGCUCUGCCGUCCGCGCUCUGGUGGUUGCCUAGCAAGGCGCGCAGCCCGCCUCGCCGCGUGUGCUCCCGGGGUGCAGAGGGCGCAGUGCUCCUCCUCCGACCCCGGGCUCUGCCGGCCUCCCCCACCAGCUGGCCCGUCUACUUCCGCGCCAGCUGAGGUCUCUUUGCCUUCUUGCGUCAAGCAUGUCAGGCUCUGGGCGAAAAGACUUCGAUGUGAAGCACAUCCUGCGACUCCGCUGGAAACUCUUCAGCCACCCGUCGCCAGCCCCUGGCGGCCCGGCGGGGGGCGGCUGCCUGCAACAGGACGGCAGCGGCAGCUUCGAGCACUGGGGACCCAGCCAGAGCCGCCUGCUCAAAAGCCAAGAGAAGGGCAGCGUGAGCACUUUCUGGAAGAAGACUUCCUCUUCCUCCUCUUCUUCGUCGUCCUCACCGCCGUCUUCCUCCUCGUCCUUUAACCCACUGAAUGACACCCUGCUGCCAGUGGCCACAAGGCUGCAGCAAGGGGCACCGGGGCAGGGCACCCAACAGCCAGCCAGGACUCUCUUCUACGUGGAGUCUCUAGAGGAAGAGGAGGUGCCAGGCAUGGACUUUCCUGGACCACACGAUAAAGGGCUGGUCCUGCAAGAGCUCAAAGUGGAGCCGGCCAACUCAAGCCAGGCAACAGGUGAAGGAUGUGGACACAGGCUGACAGCACCUAGCCAUUCAUUGACACCUCAAAGUGAUAUGGACUCCAGUAGCUCUGAAGAAUUCUAUCAGGCUGUCCACCAUGCUGAGCAAACCUUCAGAAAAAUGGAAAGUUACUUGAAACAACAGCAACUCUGUGAUGUUAUUCUGAUUGUCGGGAACCGAAAGAUACCUGCACACAGGCUUGUUCUGAGCUCAGUCUCCGACUAUUUUGCUGCCAUGUUUACAAGUGAUGUUUGUGAAGCCAAGCAAGAGGAGAUCAAGAUGGAAGGCAUAGACCCCAAUGCCCUCUGGGACCUUGUCCAAUUUGCAUAUACAGGUUGCUUGGAAUUAAAGGAAGACACCAUUGAAAACCUUCUUGCUGCAGCGUGCCUUCUUCAGCUUCCGCAAGUAGUGGAAGUGUGUUGCCACUUCCUCAUGAAGCUGUUGCACCCAUCCAACUGUCUGGGGAUCCGAGCCUUCGCAGACGCUCAAGGGUGUAUUGAGUUAAUGAAGGUAGCCCACAGCUAUACAAUGGAAAACAUAAUGGAAGUUAUGAGAAAUCAAGAGUUUUUACUGCUUCCAGCUGAGGAGCUCCAUAAACUCCUGGCCAGCGAUGAUGUAAAUGUUCCUGAUGAAGAAACCAUCUUCCAUGCAUUAAUGAUGUGGGUCAAGUACGACAUGCAGAGGCGAUGCAAUGACUUGAGUAUGCUUCUUGCCUUUAUAAGAUUGCCACUGCUUCCACCACAGAUAUUGGCUGACCUAGAAAACCAUGCAUUAUUUAAGAAUGAUUUGGAAUGUCAAAAGCUGAUUCUGGAAGCAAUGAAAUAUCAUCUAUUGCCAGAAAGAAGAACUUUAAUGCAAAGUCCAAGAACUAAACCUAGAAAAUCUACAGUUGGAACUCUGUAUGCAGUAGGAGGAAUGGAUAACAACAAAGGAGCUACAACCAUAGAGAAAUAUGACCUCAGAACAAAUUUGUGGAUCCAGGCAGGGAUGAUGAACGGCAGGAGAUUGCAGUUUGGUGUGGCUGUUAUUGAUGACAAACUCUUUGUAAUUGGAGGUCGAGAUGGCUUAAAGACAUUGAACACUGUUGAAUGUUACAAUCCCAAAACCAAGACUUGGACUGUUUUACCACCAAUGUCAACACAUAGACAUGGUCUAGGUGUAACAGUCCUUGAAGGUCCUAUUUAUGCUGUGGGAGGCCAUGAUGGCUGGAGCUAUCUGAAUACAGUGGAGAGGUGGGAUCCCCAGAGUCAGCAAUGGACAUUUGUAGCCAGUAUGUCCAUUGCCCGAAGCACAGUUGGUGUAGCAGCACUGAAUGGCAAAUACGAUCCCAAAACAGACACAUGGACCAUGGUGGCUCCUUUGAGUAUGCCCAGAGAUGCUGUUGGAGUCUGUCUCCUUGGUGACAGAUUAUAUGCCGUUGGUGGCUAUGAUGGGCAGACAUACCUCAACACUAUGGAAUCCUAUGAUCCACAAACAAAUGAGUGGACACAGAUGGCUUCUUUGAAUAUUGGGAGAGCAGGUGCCUGUGUGGUAGUCAUCAAGCAACCUUGACUUACUCUUUUUUUGGAGAGAUUUUAUCUGCUGGAGUGGUUAUUUUUAUAUCAGAGGGCAAGAAUGAGAACUUCCUAAGAUGAAAAUUCUUCAAGAACAAGGAUUUCUGUAGAUUUACCUACUGAUGUCAAAAGAGGUAGAAGAUCAAAGAGAACUAUAGGAAUCGAAAUAAACAUCACACUGCUAUGGGAACAAUGUCUGGCCGUAUAUUAGUUAGUUCAGGAAUGGUUAUUGGUAAUUCGUUUUGUAUUGUAGCAUACAAUAACUAAAGUUACCAAAGGCUUGUUUUUCUUGAGCAAUUAAAAGGAGAGACCAGUGUUUGUGACAUGGAUAAUUUCAUGGCUACAACUCAUUCAAUUGUUUUAUAGUUUGUGGCAGUAUCAAAGAGGUCAAAGACAGGAUAUUUCAUCUGACAGAAUCUGAUUGGUUUACUACUUUCCUAAUCAGAUGUGGUCAUUCUAGGAGGCAGAAUGAUGUUUUAUUAAAACAAACAUGCUUCUUCCUCAUUUUCUCAACUAUGAGGACAAUUAGAGAAACAGAUUCAUGCCUGUCUCUUGCAUUCAGAAAACAAACUGUUCUGCUAAUCAAAGCCGCAUAUUUCAUCAGAGAGGAUGGUUGAAUUUUAUUGCAACCAUAUUAGCAAUCUGAAGCUGGCAAACACAAAGGAUUGUUUUCAUUAGGCUUACCACAUUGCUUUGCUUUUUGAACACACUGAGCCAAAGAAUCAGUACAAUUAUGGGCUUUUGCCUUAUGUUGAGUUCAGUGUAAGCAUGGAAGCUAGUUAUUCUGAAUGUUAUAUAUAUUCAUUGCAUGUUAAAGUCCUUUAGAAUUUUGUUCAUAAAAGACAAAACAAAACAAAAACCUUAGAAUUUUGAGAGAGAAAUCUAUGAUUCAUUCAUUUGGAGUGUUAAUGAUCAUUGUUAGAAGGAAGGCGGACUUCAGAUUCUCAUUUCCCACUUUUCAAACUUGUUACAUUGAUAUGCACAUUAUUUUAUGACAAAUGUUUGUAACUGUUUAAAGCAUAAAGUGGAAACAUUAUACAAUGUCCUUAAUAAA